CCUUCAUUCUGUAGAUUGUUACAGUGCGAUUAGCAACUUCUAUUUCUUCUUCUUGACUGAGAUGGAGCUAAAAGGUUUGGGGUUCGUCCCCCUUCUGUUGGCGUUUUGGUGUGCGGCCUGGCUUGCCACCAGCUACAUCGUGACGGUCGUCCUCGGCCAUGCCGCCUCGCCACUGAUGCACAUCAGUGACGUGGGAAAUGUCUUUCCCGAAAACAUAUUAUUGAGAAUUGGUUUCAUAGGGACGUCCAUUGGCACUUUGGUACUAACCUUUCUUAUUUAUAAGUAUAUGGUUAUGCAUACUGAAGAGUUCAGGGGUCAUCAGGUCCUGAUCCAGAGGAUCCUGCUCGCCAUUGUGUGGGCCUCCUGUUUUGGUACAGCUGUCAUGCAUGUAUUGUCCCCCGAAGAAUAUCCCAGGAUACACUUUGUCAGCACGAUAAUUUCCAUUACAUGUGAAGCCUUAUACUACCUUGGGCAGUCCAUCCAGAUGUAUAAAUUACCAGGAGCAAACAAAGUCAUCCACCAUAGUAGAUGCACCUGCUGUGGCCUGACUUUUACCUGCGCAAUUUUCUACUUUGGAUAUAAAACAUUACAGGAAUUAUUCUAUGAUGAUGAAGACUGGGACGAGAUCCGUGAAAUCACCACCAUAAUCAUGGAGUGGGUGAUGCUUCUACUGAUCCUGAUAAACAUCGUGACCUAUUAUUCCACCAUGCAGAGGUUAAUGUUAACCGUCUCUAGGAACAGCUGCAAACUCUCUCUUAGAGUAAGAAUUGAUGACUUCGGGGUGUAGACCACCACGGGGGCCAUCAAGUGGA